AAUAACGACGAACCGAACUAGAUUACGUACUCGCAAGAUUUUUCAUUGCAGAGAAAAUGGCGUCUCUCGCGGGAGUUCGUAUUUUAAUAAGAAAUACCGGUAAAUUUAGAAAUCCAAUUAGUCGAACAUGUUUACGAAGUGCUGUUACGCAACUUCAAUCAAACGAACGAUAUUUUCACUGGAAAAGACAAAGUAUCCUUACACAUGUACCACAGGAAAAUAUACAAUCUAUACGUACUUAUAGUACAAACCCUGACAUUAAGAAAAUUGAAGAACGUGUGUUGAAUGUAGUCAGUGCUUUUGAUAAAAUAACUUCUGAUAAGGUUGGCACACGAGUCAAGCAGGUGCGUCAAUACAGUAUUGCUGAGCCAAUGUCACUUGAUCUUAUUCGCAAGCGUGUACUUUUGGUACUCAAUCUGUAUGAUAAAAUUGAUCCUCAGAAGUUAUCUUUGGAUUCUCAUUUCAUCAAUGAUCUGGGUUUGGACUCUUUAGAUCAUAUAGAAGUUAUAAUGGCCAUAGAAGAUGAAUUUGGCUUUGAAAUACCAGAUAUGGACGCAGAAAAACUUUUACGACCUACGGAUAUAGUACGUUACGUAGCAGAUAGACAGGAUGUUUAUGAAUAAAUAUUCGCAUGUUAUAAGUCAUCUCAUUAAUCAAGCUUUUUUAUUUUUAAAACAUUGUAUAAGAAAUUUCAACCUUAAAAUUUGAACUUUAUUUCUUCUGUAUAUACUAUAAAUUGUAGUAAAAAUAAAGUGUUUUACUAGAUUAAAUUAUGUAUUAUACUGUCUUGUAUUUAAUAUAAAAUAAAGAAAAGAAUACGUUUAUUGAA